CCAUUGAACGGUUUAUUGCUCGUUCGUAUGCACGAUUGUCUGACUGUGCUUGAGCAGAGCUGCGCCGCAGACAAAAGCGUAGUGUCCACAAGUGCUGCAAUUCAGUUGAUAUUCAUCAUUCGUGGACUUCUUUUGCAAAUGCAACAAUAAAAAAAUAUAAAAUUUAAAUUUCGAGAUGUUAACGGCAAUUCUUGUGUUUAUUUGUGCAGUGAUAUGCCUCUAUUUGUCCUAUCGCUAUGCUGUUGGACGUCCCGAAGGAUUUCCACCGGGUCCUCCUCGCAUACCCUCCUUCGGCAGUUAUUUAUUUAUGAUGAUGGCAAAUAAAAAAUAUCUGCAUAAAGGUGUAUUGAAAUUCAGUAAAUGGUAUAAAUCAGAUAUUGUCGGCUUUCAUAUUGGCAACUUUCCCGUGGUGGCCGUGCAUAGUGCGGAAGGUGUUAGGGAGAUUCUGAAUAGAAGAGAAUUCGAUGGUCGUCCACCUAUAUUUUUGGCGGCAAUGCGUGCACCCAAGGAUGAGUUAUUGGGCAUCUUUUUCCGCGAAGGUCCUGUUUGGAAAGAGCAACGUCGAUUUAUUUUACGUUAUCUCCGUGAUUUCGGUUUUGGUCGUCGUUUUGAAGAACUUGAAUUGGCAAUAAAAGAAGAAAUAACUGACCUUUUAGAUCUAAUUCGUAAUGGGCCACGUUAUCCACACGAACAUGAAUUAUGUAAAACUGGUGGCUAUAGAGUUUAUGUACCAAAUCUUUUUAGUCCAUUCACAUAUAAUUCGUUCUUUCACAUUAUGAUGAAUGAGCGACGACCACGUUCAGAGCAGGCUGAGGUAUUGCAACUAAUUAAAAUGGGAAUGCAAUUUCAACGUAACGGUGAUGAUUAUGGAAAAAUGCUAUCUGUUAUGCCUUGGAUAAGAUACGUUUUUCCGAAGACCAGCUGCUAUGAUGUAUUAACAGAAUCCAAUAAAUUCCUUUUCGAAUAUUUUGGAAAAAUUGUUGAUCAGCACAUUGCCACAUUUGAUGAAUCAAGUGAGCGUAACUUUCUGGAUUUAUAUAUAAAACAAAUGCGCGAGGAGCAUGAUGCGGGCCAAACAGAUGUAUACUAUCGCGCGCAAUUCAUAAUGGGUUUAGUGGACUUCGCUUUUCCAGCAUUUACAGCGAUUGGCGUACAAGUUACAUUUCUCAUACAAUACUUGCUGCUCUAUCCGGAAGUGACGAAACGCAUACAAGCGGAAAUAGAUAAUGUUGUUGGUAGAGGCCGUUUGCCCACACUAGAGGAUAGAAAGAGUUUACAUUACACUGAAGCUGCAAUACGUGAGGGUUUGAGAAUUGAAACUUUGGUGCCAUCGGAUGUACCCCAUAGAGCCAUGGAAGAUACUGAAUUGCUGGGCUACAAAAUUCCGAAGCAUACCAUUGUUGUGCCCAGCUUGUAUGCUUAUCAUGCUGAUGAACGUGUUUGGGGUGAUCCCCAAAAAUUUAGGCCGGAACGCUUUCUGGAUGAGAACCGGAAGUUAUCAUUGAAAAAAGAUGUCUCACUUCCUUUCGGUGCUGGAAAACGACUUUGCGCUGGCGAAACGUUUGCACGAAAUAUGCUGUUUUUAUUGACCACAUCACUUUGUCAAAAUUUUAAUUUUGUUUUAGCGCCAGGAGAUAUGUUGCCGGAUCUUUCGAAAAAUUUGAACGGUUUAAUAACAACACCAUAUGACUUUUGGCUACAGCUGGAGGAAAGGAUAUAAAACUUAAUAUAUUUUGUAUGUCUUAAGCGUUAUAAAUUUUACAUUAAUGGAAUAAAAAACCAAAAUACUUGUUUGUACAAUUAACAGAAUAAAUAUGCAGAGUAUAAGUUUCUAAAA